UCCUGCAGAACCCCUCCUCGGAAAUCCACGGGGAAAUGGCAAACAGGAUUGACGGGUUUCACACGCUCCUCGCUAGACAGAGCCGCUCAUUACCAUAACCGUCUGCAGCGACGGCGGCGCAGCGCCCCAGUCGCGGCGGCGGGACCUGCCGGGACCCUCGCCCGCCGCGCACCCGCGUCCAGCGCCGAGUGGGCCGCCGCGCCGGGACCCUCGCGGGCGUGCAGCGGCGGCCGGGCGGGCGCGAGCCCCGAGCGCCCCGGCAGCAGCUCGAGCGCCGCGGCCGCCGCCUCCCGGCUGACCCCGCGAUCUGAGGCUGUCAGAGAUGACUCUGGUUCUGUCCAUGAAUAGAUUCUGCGAGCCCAUUGUCUCGGAGGGAGCUGCUGAAAUCGCCGGGUACCAGACACUCUGGGAGGCCGACAGCUACGGAGGCCCGAGCCCCCCAGGGCCAGCGCAGGCUCCUCUGCAGGGAGACCGAGGAGCCGGUCCCCCCCUGACAGGAUCACAUUACAGGGGAAUUUCAAAUCCUAUAACAACAUCCAAGAUCACAUACUAUAAGAGGAAGUAUGUGGAAGAAGAGGAUUUUCACCCACCACUCAGCAGCUGUAGCCAUAAAACCAUCUCAGUUUUUGAAGAACGAGCCCACAUCCUUUAUAUGUCCUUAGAGAAACUCAAGUUCAUUGAUGAUCCUGAAGUGUACCUCCGAAGAUCUGUCCUGAUAAACAAUUUGAUGAAAAGGAUCCAUGGAGAGAUUAUCAUGCAGAAUAACUGGUGUUUUCCUGCCUGUUCUUUCAAUGGUACCUCUGCCCAAGAGUGGUUUAUGGCUCAAGACUGUCCCUACCGGAAGCGACCACGGAUGGCCAAAGAGGAGUGUGAAAAGUUUCAUGCCUGCUGCUUUUACCAAGAAUGUGGUGGUCACUACCUAAAUUUACCCCUUUCUGUCAAUGCUGAUGUCGGAAGUGCCUCUUCCUCCUCCUCCUCCUCCUCCUCCUCCUCCUCCUCCUCAUCUCCCUCUUCUUCUCCCCCCCUGCCUUUACCGAGUUGUUCCCACCAGGUAGAUUUUGAUGUAAGCAGCGCACCUAUUUACAAGGCUGAUGGCCAGAUACCUGCCAAUGAAAUCUUUGUUACUAACGUCAGGUCACUAGGUGUUCAGGAAAAGGCCAAGCUAAGUGAUGAGAAGGCCAGUAAUGACACCAACAGGGAUGGUGGCCUCCUAAGCCAUGAACCUGUAGGAAACGACCUUGCUUUUGAGUGCAAAGGCCAAUUUUAUGAUUAUUUUGAGACUGGAUAUAAUGAAAAACACAAUGUAAGUGAGUCUUGGAAAAAAUCCUUAAGGAAAAAGGAGCCUUCACCAAGUAACAAACUGUGCUGUAGCAAAGGAAGUAAAAUAUGAGCCAUCUUUUCACUGAAACUUUGAAGCAUGCACAGCAUGAUCAAUUAGCUCUCAUAAAUUUUAUUUUGAAUGGAUUUUAUAGUUUUGUACAACUGAUAAAACUAUGCCAUGAACAUGCCAUGUCAUUUUAAUGCCUGGAGAGCAGAUUGCACCAAACAUCUGUACAGUAGGCAUCAGCGAGCUACUUAUAAGUGUGAUUUUAUCAAAAAAUCAGUUGACUUAAUGCUUAAAAGCAUACCUUAGUUUUCUUACAGAAGAGAUCAGUAGAUUAGACCGGGGGACAAUGUGCCCUUGUGAUAUUUCCAUUACCCCCCCAAGGAGCCUGUCACUAGCUAAGAAACUUCCACAUGUUUGCCUGUUAAUUAGGUAGUAUUUGGUAAGCAAAUCGAUAUAACCAGCAAAGGAUGUCUGCUUCUUUUAUAUGAUACAGUAUUUUUUCUGAAUAAAAGAUUGAAGACAGAGAGCUAGAUGAAAUGGCUUCAUGGUGCUGUUAAGUGUAUUUAACAGUCUUGUGUGUGACAGAUGAAAAUCAGACGUAACGUAAUGAAACACUUGUCUGGGCGGCGGUCAAUAAUAUGCGGAGAGGGUGAUCCCUGCCAGUUCCUGGCUUGCCUGUUGAUGGAGGGGGUGAGGCUUGUGGAGAGGUGGUAUACAGGGCGAUUUCUGGUGCCUUACUUUAUCUUAAUUUUUGCCAGUGUGAAAAUUAAAGAUAAAUCAGAGUUACAGCAGGGAUUUAAACAGGAAAAAAAAAACACACAGGGUGGAUCAAUAUUGUUUGGAAACCAUUAACUUCGAACUAUUGCAUUCAACUUUUGAUUCGACAUCUCUAUUCUUCCUUUAUUUUUGAUGCCCAGUUGCUUUUGGAUUUGGCAUUUUUGGAAAGGGAUGGAGGACGCAAUAGAGAGAGCAGUUAGAAAUCAGCACUUAGCUGCUUGAGCUUUUCUAUGGCAACGGGUCUGUUGCUGGGGUUGGGUUUUUUGGGUUUUGGGUUGGUUUUGUUUUGUUUCCUUGUCCAAUGAAGUUCAUGAACCAGUGGCAUGCAUCAUAUUUUAAUCUGUUUUGCAUCAUUUCACUUGUUUAGAUUAUAAAAGCAUGUGAUUUUUUAUAUAUGACUUUUGCUGUUGAUUAAGAAGCACAAUGUUAAUAAAUGAUGUGGUGACCAAUAAGGUUUUAUCUUAAAGAAAUGUAAAGAUUUUAGUUUCUGGAAAGUUAUUUUGGAGAAAUGGGACUCGGUCAGCAAUAGAGCUACUGUGUAUUUGGUAAACAUUUUUCCCAAUGAUUUCUUUAAUUUGUACAUUUACAAAGAGUGUUUAGGGUGCCCCUCUGACCAUCCUUCCUUACACUCCAGCCAGCUCCUCCUGCUAAACUGUACUGCAGUUUCCAAGGUUGCUAAUUGACUUGGGCCUCUUUAAAAAGUAUUUCACAGGAACUAAAUGCCAAACGGAGGAAAUAAAUUAAGUCCUCCCAGUUUCUCCAAGAUAAAAGCUUUUUUUUAUUAUUGCUAUUAAUAUUAAAUAUAGGUCUCAUUCAUACAGUGUAUGAGUAGGAUCAUCAUUUGGACAAUGUCCACAAGGACCAAUUUUUAAAAUACGUUCUUGUGUUAUGGCUGAAUAGUCUAGUAAUGUUUUGUCCUUUAUUUUCAAUAUUUGAUAAACAUUUGAUGUUGAAAACUUAGAUGAUAGAUGCUUGUAUAUGAAUGUGUUGUAAUAAAGUGAGGUUUUCUUGAUAUAUAUUUAUUAAAAUGAUGAAAAUUCAUUAAGAUUUUCUUAUUUUAAUGAUUAUUGACUAUGUUUCUCUUUUCCAUUGCUCUUUUUCCUUUAAAAAAAGCUUGAAAUGUCUAGAAACUAUAGUGGGCAGUGGCCGUACAUGAGUUUUCAAAAUGAAAGAGUACUUUGGGAGGUCCCUCUGACAGGUGUUUUAUAAUGGUCCUAGUUUAUGGGUUUUGUUUUCUGUGGAUUAAGAACAAAUGUUAAUAAGUGAAGUGGUUGGUGACUGAAACGGUUUUAUCUUAAAUAAUGUGAAGAUUCUGGUUUUUGUAAAGUUUCUGAAAAAAAUAACCAAGCAUGAAGCUAUAAAUACUGAAUCCUAGCUGAUUCCCUUAGGAAAUGUCAAAUUGUAAAGGUGACCCAUUAAGUAAAUAGUCAAAACAGUUACAGAUUAUUGUCUAGUAGUUUCCCAUACAAUUCUGUAUUAAAGUUAUUCCUAGAGGCUAAUAACUUAUUUGAUAAAAAGGGAAAGCUAGUUGGGAGCUAAUUAAUUUGUCAAAUGUAACAUUCUUAUGAGUGUAAUACAUCACAGAGAUUGAAAUAUGAACGAAAAGAUUUACCCUUUUGCUUUUUAAAAGAAUUACCAGAUACCGGUUUUCUUGAUGGCCAGAGCUGUACAGUGGCAGCGUUGGUGAUUUUCACAGCACUCACCUGAGCUGCUGGCUUGCACAGCUGCUCAACAGAACCUGCGAGAGCUUCUUUGCAGGAUGAGUGCUGCCUUUGAGUCCUGUAGCACUAAAAUUUGUAAUUUUUAGUGAUCAAACUUUUGUUUCUAGGACAUUACCAGCAUACAAAACGAAAUACUCUUUAUUUUCCUCACACACACACACACACAAAAUAUUUCCCUAAACACCCAACCAACUAACAAAAAUUUUCCUGUUGGUAUGAGAGCAUUAGGGCCUGGUAUGUGCCUACAGUGUCAUUUCUACUCAGAAGAUGCUAAGUUAGGUUUUCCCAGAAUGGCCAAGGCACCCCUUUAUUGUAAGUUAGAUGUAUUAACUGGUUUCUCUAAUUAUAUCCUCUGAGAGUGGAAAAGCUAAGACUGCCCUCCUCCACCCCACGCUGCUGAAGACCCACCUGGAAUUAGCACCUUUUCUCAUUGCUCUGCUUUGCUUUAAGCAAAACCUUAUAAAGCAGAAUCCAGACCUUUAAAAGUGAAAUGAGGGGAAGUCUUCACUUAAGAAAAUGGCCCAGCUCCCCAAGAAUACCUUUAAUUGCUAAUCCUUUAGGCAUCUAGGUGCAUGUCAUAAACUUAAUCAUUAACCUUUGCCUCUGGUCCUUCUUCAAAGUGGGCAGAAGUCGGUCUGGCACAGGUACUUUAAAAGAGGGAAGGUACCGUCCUCAUAUGCUUUCAGUCAUGGAAUCCUGUUCUGUACUUCACCUUGAAGGGUCCUGAGGACAGGAUUGCAGGAAUGGGGACAUGGGAAGAAGUAAAAAACUCAGAACUGGCAGAAGUGACUUUGACAAUCAGUCACUAAUUAGGGUAAAGCAUCUUUGGCAUGGUCUUUUAAGACAAUAGAAAUUGGGAACAUUUUACGUUCUCCUUUGUUAAGUAAAUGCUGAAGCAAGUGAAUGAACUUACUUAUUUUUAGAAAUCAUAGUGUAACUCCAUCAAAGCACGCUACCCAUCCCUCCAAUCAUGGACCUGUAACUCAACCCCACUUGGUUACUUCCUCUCCGUGUAUCAAGAGAGCCAAGAACAACUUGCAGAAGACACGGGUGUUGAGAGAUGUCAACUUCACAGUCAAUAUAAGACAAAGAAACAAGGAUUCAUAUGCAAUGCAGCUAGGGUCUUAUAUCCCUCCAAAAAAUUGUGAGCAGAAAAUGGUUUUGAAAAUAAUUCGUUCUUCAAAUUCAUUUUUAUGACAGCCUCUUAAAUUUGAAGUCAUUUUAUUCAUAGCAAGGUGAUCACAUCCCUGCCAAUUUUACCAGGCCUUUUCAAAACCAAGCUUCUGCAGGACAUUAACACUGAUGGUUUAAACUAGAUGCAGAACUGUCCCAUGAAGAGAAUGAAAUCAAUAUUGAAUUAAGAGAGACAAUGUAUGUUUUCUAGUAACUCAUUUUAAGAUUGCUCUGUUUUGAUUCUGUGGUUUAAGAAUAAAUAUGACAAGGAUCUUUUAAGUAACGACACGAUGCCUCCAUUAAUUUCUUGGAGUUACAGUGUGUACAUGCGAGGUAUAUUCUGUUCACAUGGCUAGAACUUCUCCGUUUUAUGUGAUAUAGCUACAUGACCUGGGGUGAAAACAGUUGCUAGUUAGAGAUUAUUUCCAGCCCUGUGUACAAGCUGUAUUGUAGCUGGGAGUACUCACUUAGGAAAGUACUUGCAAAGAUGUA